CACAAUUUCUUCAGCUUUGUUUCCCUGACGUAACAUCCAACAAUCCCCCCAUCCCAGCCCAUCAGCAGCACCCAUUUACCCCUGCCAGAUCACCUAUCUCCAGACAUCCACGAUGAUCGACCACGCCAUCUUCGAGGACCUCCAGACGAAGAUUGACGAGGAGGCCCGGGUUCGCGAUGAUCUCCAUGAUAUUGUCCAGACUCUGGCGAGAAGGGGGCGGUCCACCCAGGCUAUCCUCUCGAGAGCCCAUUCCACUCCGACUGACCAGCUGAAACCCGUCCUCGAUGACGCGACGAAGGAAAUUAUCGCGCAGAGAGACGAGGUCGCCCGUCUCAAGACCGUCGCCGACAACCACCCGUUCUACAAGUACAAUGGGCUGUGGACGCGCGAACUGCAGAACCUGGUCUCGUCGAUCGAGCUCUGCGCCUACCUGGGCGGAUUGGAAGAGUACAAGACCAACAGCGCCGCUUUGUUCCUGACCAUCGAAGAAGUUGGGAAGUUUCUGGGCGUCCCCGUCAACCUGAAGGAGCAAGAUGCCUUCCAUCUCACUAUCGAGGAGUAUCUGCUUGCGCUGAUUUCGAUGGUCGAGGAACUGUCCCGUCUUGCGGUCAACUCGGUCACCCUGGGUGACUACAAUCGGCCCGUGCAGAUUGGCAACUUCAUCAAGGACCUCUUCGCCGGGUUCCAGCUGCUGAACCUGAAGAACGACAUUCUGCGGAAGAGGAGCGAUGGGAUCAAGUACAGUGUCAAAAAGGUGGAAGACGUCGUCUACGACCUCUCGUUGCGCAAUCUGAUCCCCAAGGGCAGCGCCGCGGCUUAGUUAUGCGCACGCGCACGCGCACGCGCACAAGGAAGGAAGGGGGAGCAUAGUUCACGACGGAACCGUCAACAGUAGUUAAAUUAAGACAUGAGUUGAUAUGACAUGACAC